AUGACUUCUUCACAGGAAUUUUUAUUUUUAUAUAAAAAUGAAAGAAAUAUUAUCUAUUCAUUUCAAAGUAGAAAAAGAUUCUUUAUGAAGACUACUUAUCAUACUUUGGUGUUCCUUAUAUUUACAAUAAUUACAACAUUGUUAAUUACAAUGAAUAAAAAAUGGAAAAUUAUCCUUAAUCAACAACAUCAAUUAUUUUCUCUGAUUUCUUUAGUAAUUUUUUUGACUAUCUAUGGAGUUAUAAUAACAUUGGAACAAAUUAGAUUCAUGAGAGGAAUUAAUUAUAUUGCUGCUUUUUUAUUGGCCAUAUCACUUGGAUUUUUGAUUGCUGUUGAGGCAUCAUGGUAUACACUUGAAACAAAUAUUAAUUCAAUAUUUAUUUCAUGUAUUGUGGCAAUCGUAAUAUCAGGAAUAGCUUUUAACAUGAAGCAUGAUGUUACAAUUUAUAUGAAUCAAUUAAUUAUGUUGACAUUUACAUUUAUGAUAAUGGCAUGCUUAUUAUUUUUUUUAUCACAAAAGAUUGAUACCACUUUCUUGAGACAUUUGUAUGCUUUGGGAGGAUUUCUGUUAUCAUGUGCCUAUAUUGCCAUUGAUACACAAUCAAUUUCAAUUAAAAAUCGCUACAAUCAACUUGCCACAAAUGAAUAUGUACUUGGGGGAGUACAAAUAUAUUUUCCUAAACAAGUUAAAAUGUUUGGUAACUCUACUAGAACAGCUGCCCGUAUGACAACAGUUAGAAUGUGCUCUAACAAACCUAAAACAGGUGGCACCGGAACCAUCAGAGAAGCUGGAGGUGCUUUUGCCGAUAUGGGAAAAGCCAAAGAAGAUCAAUUCUUUUACAAUUUACAAAAAGAGCAAUUAAAAAAAAUGCACCAACACUUGGAGGAGGAAAUUAAGAACCACAAGAAACAAGCUGAAGAACACCAGGCAGCCAUCAAGCGUCAUGAAGAAAAAUUAAAAGAACUUAGAGCUGCUGCUGGAGAAUACAAAGAAUAA